CCCCCCCUGCAUUCCUUUCUGCCACCGUCCUGCUAGCUUCAGGAAAGGACUCCUUCGCCAGGAUGUGAGCAGCAUCUGAGCUCAGCUACUUAUGGGUCCAAAGGCAGCACAGAAGUGGUCUCCUGGAUUGCACUGCCCUGCUGAAUAGCUCCAAGGGUGGCCGGCCGGCCGGCUGCUGGAAAGAAGCUGACCUAGCAACAUCCUAUGCCCUAAAAAGAGGGGAUGAGGUGGGGGAAAGGACACUGACUUCCUCUUCUUCUUCCUCCUCCUCCUCCACCACCUCUUCCCCAAGACAUCUUCAACUGGAGGAGCCAUGUCACCUGUGGACUGGAGACCAGGGCCCUUGGACCGGUGGAGAUAUUCCCUUCUGCUAUGCAGAUGGAAAGGCUGCACAGACAGAGCUUCUGAACUGAACUGAUUAAUCUCCCCAGCUGGUUGGCUAGCUGGCUACGUGGAGGGAGCAGGGGCUUUUUCUCUCUAUUCAUGCGGGGAGUGGGUACAGUUUCCUAUUCUUCCUCCCCCCCUCCUUCUCUCUCUCUCCUCCAUACUUGAAGGAAACCAGAAGGGCAAUAAUCACAAUGCAUCCGUGUGCAAUUGAAGGGUUAAUCUGAGAGACGUGGAAGUGUGUGUGCAUGUGUGUUGAUAUCCUGGAUUUGAUUUUCUUUCAAUUUUUUUAACUGGAUAUACCUCACCACUAAUGUCCAGGCUCUGCCAGCUUUGGGGAAAGGGAAGAGGACCCAAGAAUCUGCCUAUGACAUCCAAAGCCAUGGAAGGAAGAGAGAGAAGGGGUCCGCUUGGAGCAAGAGGGUUCGACAGGCUUCGGAAGCAGCUGCCUUGCUAGAAGUGGUGUGGAAUUCUUCGUGCUUCCAGCGUCUCACGGGUGCCCACUUUCUACGCUUAAAACCACGUUUGUCAUUUUAAGGAGCUUCCUGAGAUUCGUAGCAAAGAGACCUCCCAAGCUUGGCUGAGGCUGGAAGUCCCUCAUAGCCCCUCUAAGCCCACCAGCAAUAGAGAUGGCAGCAGUGCCCGAGAUCUCCUGUCCCAUGGGGGACCCCUCUGCGGAAGAAGUGUGGGGAAAACACUGAGGCUAAGCAGUAAGGUCCUGCCUCCAGGAUCUCCAGAGGAUUCUCCAAAGGGACAGUGGUGAACUAACUGGAAGCGAUGCUUUCCUUGUUGGGACAGCAAACGUGGCACAGACUGGCGUGGUAUCUUGGCUUCUUUCUGCACUUUAUCUAGACCCAGGCACUUCAGAGCUUGCAGAGUGGAGUGCAAAUAGUAAAGCCUUAACCCCUUGGGUUGGCUGUUCAUGGCAAUCCCAUACGACCAGCCUUGCAGUCAGAUGGUCAUACCAGAUCUUCUAUACUCAAUUGGGACAGAUGGGGGCUUGUCCGAUUCAUUCUUUGUUUGAUCCCCCUGCAACUGCCCUAGCUUUAUUGCCCCGAUCCUGCUAGGGUGGGGAGAUCGCAAAGGUGGCAGGAGGUGAGCGUGUGGCUGGGGCUUUCUGGGGCAGGGUGGGUGGGCGUUAAGAUGUGGAGAUCUCCCCAGCCAAGAGGGGCUCCGUGGAGGCACAGUCUAGCUGGGCAAAAGCAGGAUGCACCACGCAGCUCUGCCCCAGCUUCCCGGCACCCUGUGAAGGAUGAACUCCCGGGGCUUGCAGGAUAGGCAGCCCACUGACAACGCUACCGACAGCAGUAACACCAGCGAGAGGGAGCGCAUCAGGGGGCGCAUGAAAAUGGUGAUCGGGCAGCUUGAAGGCAUCCUGCAAGAACUCAAGGAGGUGGCCAAGGAGCUCCGUGAAGUGGUGAGCCAGAUUGACAAGCUGACUUCGGACUUUGAGUUUGAGCUGGAGCCGGAUGACUGGACCACAGCCACCGUGAGCAGCACAUCCAGCAGCGAGAAGGGAGGUGGGAUGUUUGACCUAGGGCACCUCGAUUUCAUGACCUCAGAUAUCCUCUCCGACAGCUGGGAGUUCUGCUCCUUCCUGGAAGCCUCUACCCCAUCCGAUUCGGGCGAUGGCUCAGAGCAGCAGCAAGGGCGCCAGCCUGACUACCGGCUGAUGAAUGGCGGGGUGCUGACCCCCAAUGGACCCCGGGUGGAGACCCCAGACUCUUCCAGCGAGGAGGCCUUCAGCUCUGCUCUGAGCCACAAAGCCCAGCACCAGAGGACACCUGGGACACGGGAACGAGUGCGGUUCAGUGACAAAGUCCUCUACCACGCCCUGUGUUGCGACGACAACGAGGAAGCAGACAAUGUUCCGCCUCCCGAGGACCCUCCCGAGGAGCCGAGCGAGAUGACACACAAGGCGGCGCCCGCCGUCAAAGCAACACUGCGGCGGUCGCCUCAUCUGAGUAGCGCUCAGCAGCGGAAGCUGACGCGGAACAGCAGCACCCAAACGGUGUCGGACAAAAGCACUCAAACGGUGCUGCCCUAUGUCUCGGGGAAACAGAAAGCUAAAAGCAAGAACUGAGCACCAGCUGGGCAGGGUUUGGGGGAGAGGGGAAAGCUGCAGAUAUAUAUAAAUCUCUCUAUAUAUUUAAGUCAAUAAAUGAUAAUGAUAUGAUUAC